GAAAAGCAAAUGCGAAGAACGCGUGAUGGAGUUAAGGCAAAGAACGCGGCGUGUGAUCCGAUGAUAUAUCCUCCUUCAACCUUACACUUCUUCGGUCUCCUCCUCCUCUUGUUUCUCUCUUUCAAUUCCCUUUUGUUUCCUUUCCUUUUUUUUUACAAUAAUUUUGGCCAUUUCCUGUGUGUAAUCUUAACAACAAAAACACACAUACAUAUUAUAUAUAUAUAUAUAUAUAAACACAAGUUCUUUCCUUCUAAGGAAGCCAUGACUGGCAGAGAAAUCCUCGAUAAGAUGAAGGAAAAAGUUGGUAUAAACCCUUCCAAUGCUGAUUCUGGGAAAGGGAAGAGUAAGAUGUCGAAGCACAUAACUCAUGGCUAUCAUUUAGUCAAGGGGAAAUCAAACCAUCCUAUGGAAGACUACGUUUUUGCGGAGUUUAGGCAAGUCAACAACAGCGAGCUUGGUUUAUUCGCUAUAUUCGACGGUCAUUUGAGCCAUGUCAUUCCAGAUUAUUUGAAGGCGAAUUUGUUUACCAAUAUCUUGAAUGAGCCCAACUUUUGGACAGAACCGGAGACUGCAAUUAGGAAAGCGUAUAAUGUAACAGAUACGCAAAUAUUGGAACAAGCCAUUGAUUUGGGCAAAGGGGGUUCAACUGCAGUGACAGCAAUAUUGAUGAACUGCCAGAAGCUGGUAGUAGCAAAUGUUGGAGAUUCCCGGGCUGUGAUAUGUAAGAAUGGUGUGGCUAAACAGCUUUCAGUUGAUCAUGAGCCUGCUUCCGAGAGGGAGAGCAUCGAAAAUAGAGGUGGCUUUGUUUCAAACUUUCCAGGGGAUGUUGCGCGUGUUGACGGUCAGUUAGCAGUGGCCAGGGCAUUUGGUGACAAGAGUUUAAAGAAACAUCUUACUUCGGAGCCGGACGUGAUCACUGAAAUGAUCAAUGAUGAUACCGAGCUCAUAAUAUUGGCAAGUGACGGUUUAUGGAAGGUUAUGUCGAACCAAGAAGCUGUUGAUGCUAUCAAAGGCGUUAAGGAUGCUCGAUCUGCUGCAAAGCACCUAACUGAGGAAGCUGUUAAUAGGAACAGCAAGGAUGACAUCUCCAUUGUAGUUGUAAGAUUUCAGUGAUCUGUAAGUGCGUCAACUUAUUUUGUUGAACCUUUUUCAUGCUCGAUAGAAUGUUUAUGCUUAUUUCGUGUCGGUAUCCGAAUCUUUCUAUACGUAAACUAACUGUAAUUUAGCUUUCUAAGAACCAAUGAAACUAAAGUUGUCUUUGAAUCAUUUAUCCAAGCUUACUCAUGGUUUCAGUGUUUCAGCUGAUCGGA